AUGGCCUCGGCUGGUCUCCCAAGAGGGCUUUGGGGCGCUGUACGAUCUCAGUUCACUCCCAUCGCUUCCAGAUCAUCGAUCGCCCCCAUCGCCUCUCCCUCCACCCUACGUGCAUUCUCUUCCUCAUCCGUCCAGUCACUUCGAAACGUCAAUGCAAGACCUCAGCCAUUCAAAUUACCAUACUUCACUCCUUCCUCCAGAUCUACAUUCUUCUAUCCAUCAUACAGCUUCACUUUCCCUCGUUCAGUGACAACUGCUCCUUCUCUACCUGAAAUACCUCGCUCGCUCCCUUACUGGCUAUAUGGUUGUUCCGCUUUAGUGUUCGGCAUUGUCGUAAUUGGUGGUGUCACUCGUCUCACGGAAUCCGGUCUUAGUAUCGUAGAAUGGCAACCUUUCAAAGGUGUGAUUCCUCCUAUCACAGCUGCAGAAUGGGACGCUGAAUGGGAGAAGUACCGUGUAUCCCCAGAAGGUCUUAUAUUUGUCAUUCCCGCUGCCUACUACGUGGCUCGAUAUAAACUUCCUCGACCCAUACCCGCCAAACUCGCACUUAUCGGACUCGGUAUCGGAUUCCAAGGUUUCCUCGGUUGGUGGAUGGUCAAAUCAGGUUUAGAUCAAGAAAUUGUCGAGACGAAUUCUGUUCCUCGGGUAUCCCAGUAUCGGCUUGCCGCUCACUUGACUGCUGCUUUCCUGCUUUACCUUGGAAUGCUCUCGACAGCUAUCGGUAUACAGCGCGAUGUCAAACUGUUCAACAAUCCCAGCAUCGUCUCUCAGCUAUCCUUGCCUUCUGUCAAGAAAUUCCGUGGUAUGGUUCAUGGUGCGGGUAUGAUGGUUUUCCUCACCGCUGUUACUGGUGCAUUCGUCGCUGGUCUAGAUGCUGGGUUGGUCUACAAUGAAUGGCCAUUGAUGGGCGGUCGGAUUAUGCCUCCUACGGAUGAGCUCCUCGAUGAGCAUUACACCCGAGGUGGUACCAAAUCUAUUUGGAGGAAUUUCUUGGAGAACCCCGUCACUGCUCAAUUCGAUCACCGUAUGCUGGCCUACACUACAUUCGGUCUUGUCGUCUCUCUACCAUUCGUUGCUCGAAAGUUGCCAUUUGCUUCCACACGCCGUUUGGCUGGUCUGACUGCAGCUGCAGCGGUCACCCAAGUUACACUAGGUAUAACAACCCUACUUUAUCUUGUGCCCAUACCCCUCGCUGCCAUGCAUCAAGCGGGCAGUGUAGUUCUCCUUACUUGUAUCAUGGCUCUCGGUGGUUCUUUGAGGCGUCCGAGUCGGAUGCUCAAACAUCUACGUAGAUAG